UACCCGUUUCAGACAAUACAUAUGGAUUAUAUCCAAUUACAUAAAUGUGAAGGGAAAGAAUAUUGAUUGGUCAUAAUAGACGCAUUUUCUAAAUGGGUAGAAAUAUUUCCUACCAAACAUGCAGAUGCACUCACAGUGGCAAAAGCCUUAUGCAAAGACAUCAUUCCAAGGUACGGUAUUCCAGAAACAAUUUAUAGCGACAAUGGUCCACAUUUUGUAAAUCAAAUAGUGCAUAACAUUGGGAGAAUGUUCCACAUAAAUGUAAAGAACCAUUGUUCAUACAGACCGCAAUCCGCUGGCCUGGUUGAGAGAGCGAACCAGUCUAUAAAAAACAGAUUAAAGAAAUGUAUGGAAGAAACAAAACGACCGUGGACUCAGUGUUUAGACCUGGUUAAAAUGUACAUAAAUAUUACAAGUACAACAGGGCUAACUCCUUAUGAAACUAUGUUUGGGAGACCUUACAGGCUUCCUCAGUUCAAAAACACAUGGGAGAUCCCCGAGGAAGCCACGUUAGCUGAUUACAUGAGAAAAAUGUUGGAACGUCAAAAGAAUCUAACCAAUAACACUGAUGAUGAACCCAUUUCUCUGCAGGAAGACCCCAAAGUGGUACCGGGAGACUGGGUUUUGAUCAGGAGUAUCAAGAGGAAGAAUUGGCAUUCACCCAAGUGGGAAGGUCCCUUUUUGGUACUACUCACGACACCUAAUGCUUUAAAAAUAGCCGAACGCAACACGUGGAUUCAUUUAACUCAUUGUAAAAAAGUGAUCUCCGCAGACCCAACCUAAGUACGGAAGGUGAGCAAAGUCUGGUAAUAGUGCCUGAUUCUGGUGUCAAGAUCCAGGGUUGACACGAAAGCUAGCAGAAGAAUUCCAAGACACCAACCCGAAGCUCAGGGUGUUGACUCUGGGGAGAUCCAAAACAUGAGCAUUAGAGAGUCAUUUGGAGCCGUCCGUGUUCCAACCUGUGUACCAUGGCUUUUGUCUUGGGCUUAUAAUAACUCAUUAAUGUUUACUGUGGCUCCUAACACAUCUUCUUCUAUUAUUUUACCUUUGAAAAGUUUGAAAGGGUUUCGUAAUGGUCGCCCCACUACUGGAGAUAGAUGGCUCGGGUAUUGGUGGUAUUUAACUGGCCACCCGGUUAACACCGGCUGGGGCACCCUUGUCACCACGCAAAUGCGAGGGUAUUGGCCCUCUGGUUCCAGUGACGAGGCUGUGUUCUUUGCUAAACGAGUGACUUUGAUAAAUCGGGGCACAAGCCUCCUUUUGACUCUUACACUCCCUGACGGUCAUAUUCGUCCUCCAAAUGCCACCUUGUUUAACACUUCUUGUUGGGGUUUUCAACUGUGGGCUUGGUCCUCUGGAACCGAUCCUCGCUUUCCUAUUGCUAUUUGCCUUAAUAGAACAAUGUCGGUCGCAGACCGUCCCGUUACAAAUAAAUACACCUUGUCAGCGGGAGCAAAAAUCACAAGUACGCUCCUCACUGAUGUGGACAGCUAUUUUGUGGCCUCCACAGGGAUAAGCGGUCAUACUAACAACUGGCUUCUUAUGGCUGAGCAGGCCGCAAAGAUGGCUGGCGCUAGUUGCAUUGCAUGCAUGGGUCCCAGACCUCUUUUGAAAAUCAUACCUGCAAAUAUAGGCCCUAAGUGUGCUGUCGUUUUGAUGUUAGACUCGUCCAUUUCACCCACUCACGAUUGUUUUAGAUGGGAUACGGUUUACCCUGUUGCCCCUAUGACGAAGCAUAAACCCCUUUUUUCGUCUGUUGUAGCUAAGGGUAAUUUUACAUGCAUUAGAUUACCUGGUACCGGUGUGAAGCUCGGCGCCCUACCUGCUCCGUGGUGUAGGUCCGUGACCAAGGUCACGGCCCCUUUUUUGCCCAUUGCUCGUUGUGAUAUUUGGUUUUGGUGUAAUAGUAACAAACUUUAUGAUAGGUUGCCUUUCGACAGCGCUGGAAUUUGCGCUUUGGUAACCCUAUUGCUACCUGUUCAUUUGAUACCAAUGUCCUCUUAUGAUCUAACGUCUUUUGCUAAGUCCGUAGUGCCCAAAUUCUGGCCGAGAACGAAACGAGACGCCGAAUGGCGGGGCACAGCUAAUCCAACCUACAUCGACGCCAUUGGUGUUCCUAGGGGAGUGCCGGAUGAGUAUAAGCUGGUGAAUCAGAUAGCAGCUGGUUUUGAAUCCGCCCUGUGUUGGUGGUGUACUCUUAACAAAAAUGUUGACAGGAUUAACUACGUCCAUUACAACGUGCAGAGGCUUGGAAACUGGACCGAGGCGGGUUUCAAGGCGGUCCACUCCCAACUGGCCGCUACUUCCCUCAUGGCUUUCCAGAAUCGAAUGGCCCUUGACAUGCUACUCUCAAGAGAGGGCGGUGUCUGCGCCAUGUUCGGUGAGCAAUGUUGCACUUUUAUUCCAAAUAACACUGCGGCCGACGGAAGCCUGUCCCAGGCCCUUGAGGGCCUGCGGGCCUUGAACGGGAAGAUGAAGGAGCACAGUGGAGUGAACACGGAGGUUUGGGCCGACUGGUUGAACGUGUUCGGAAAGUACCGCACCCUGGUUUCCUCUGCCCUGGUCUCCGUUGCCGUUUUCUCUGCCAUUUUGACCUUGUGUGGAUGUUGUUGCAUCCCUUGUCUCCGAUCCCUAAUUAACAGGCUAAUUACGGCUGCUAUCUCUCCACCAGCUGAGACUUUCCCGUUGCUCCUAAGGGAUGACCUUUCGGUCGACGGGGGUUCCUUCUCUAUUGACGACCCGGUCAGCGAAUCUGUUGUGGUAAACUUGUCCGAUUUGUUUUCUGACCCGGGCUUUGCCGAUUGUGACUCAGUUUCCUCCCGUGUGUAAGUUGGUUCCUGCGAAAUGUGAUCCCUUGGCUGAAAAUCUUUUUGAAGUGGCCAUAUGGGUGAUGGGUUGGUCUCCGGGAACUUAUGAUAAACAGGGGGGAAUUGUUAGAUAAAUUGUAUAUAUAUGUUAUCAUGCGUUCCCUAAUGAGUACUUAUUAAUAAGUUAUUGCGCAGAAUGCUUGCUGUUUCGCCUUGCAGACGUCCACCAGUCCACAACAAGUCAUACGAUGCUGUCUGGGGCUUCCUGACCUUCUACACCUCUGGGAAUCCAAGAAAGUUGCUGAUAGCUCAAUCUACUCUGUUGAUGUCUGCACAUGGCAUUCUGUCCUUGCACUCCUUUCCCAUGGCGUCCUGUCUGUAACUACUUGUUUCACAUAGAAUUUUGUCAUGACGUCUUGUCUGUGACUACUUGUUUAUGUCCUUGCGCUCCUUUAUUUUCUCAUGACGUCUUGUGAGCACUUGUUUUACAUAGCAUUUUGUCCUUGCGCUCUUUUUGUUUCUCAUGAGACUAGGCCAUGCUUUCCCCCCCCCACCUGUUAGGGGCUAGUCUCACAUUGUAGGUAGGGCAUCCCAAAAUAAAAAGAGCGAGGGGUGUGACAGAUCUUUAGUGUAUUUUGGACUGCUGUAAGUCUGGUUGCACUCCUCGCGAGAAAAGACUCAA